GUUAAUCUUGACUAAUUAAACCCUGAUCCAGGAUUGGGUCAAAUCCAAGACAAGCUCACUUACUGCUCUGCCGGGUUACUCAAUUGUUAUUUCCCUGUAUUUUAUUUCCUUAUUGAUAUUGUUUCGGUUGUGGGAACUUACACAACUCGUUUCACAGAAGCUAAAAAAACAUGCGAUGCAAAACUUUGGAAUUUGGAUUGAUUUAACAUAUUUAACCUGGAGAUAAAAGCCACUGAGAGGAAUCGUCGUGUUUACAAGGGUGUCCUGGAAUGUUUUGAGGAGUCACACACAGGACUGUAACAUCACAGUGAUCCACACUGAGUCGACUUAGCAGGAGUGUAUCUGCCCACUGUGUAAGGGUGAACUCUGGUGUGUUAAACUGGAAUGUUUUAUUCUGCACAUCAGUCCCUGUGUCCUAUACUUUUAUACAAAAUGAAAGUGAUAGAACAAUACAAUAUUGUUAUCAUUCAACUACCAGAGAUGUUGCCCCUUUGUAUUUAUUGGGGUUCCCAUUUCUCAGAGAGCAGACUCCUGUACAGUGAAUGGAAUUACUUGAAUUGGCUUACUGGACAUCAGAUACAGACUAGAGCAUGGUGAUGACAAGAAACUGCACAAACAGCACACAUUCAGCUUCUGGCUGCGUUGAUAUUUCUACACAAAACAAAACAAGAAUGUUUGCGAGAGCUGCAGGAAGCAGAGCCCUUGUUCAGCGGCACAUCUUUUUAAGAGGACUGGUCAAAGUACAGUAUAUAUUACUUUUGGUGUUUGUUCCAAAAAUAAAUGCUUGUGACGAUGCACAAUAUUAUAUGAAUGGACAGUGCUGCCCAAUGUGCCAAGCAGGAAUGCGAGUUGAUCGGCAUUGUACCCAGGACUCCAGAACAUCAUGCAUCCCCUGUAUGGAGUCAACCUAUACUGAUAUACCAAACAGCCUGCACCAAUGUUUUAGGUGUAAAGUAUGUAACUCAGAACUGGGGUUGACAGUAGUCCGGGAAUGCACAGUUUUCUCCGAUACUAUCUGCACAUGUAUUGAAGGGUUUCACUGUUUGGAUCCAUCAUCCUCUGGAUGCAAAACCUGCCAAAAACACAGAAGCUGUUCACCAGGACAAUAUAUCAGAAAGAAAGGGUCCAGUGUUGUAGACACACAAUGUGAGGAAUGUCCUGAUAAUACAUAUUCAGAUGGCUCAUUGGAAACGUGUAAACCACAUACUGAUUGUCAAUCUGUGGGACUAGCAAAGCCUGGAACCCCUGCCGCGGACGCGGAGUGCAAACAAUCAUCUGCUGACACUGAUGUGAGAGCUAUGGCUGUUGUUGGAGUUAUUGCACUGAUAGGUGUAAUAGCACUAAUAGGAGUGUUUGUACAGAUAGGAGCAUUGGUUUACAAAGAGUGGAAGAAUAAAGACAGCAAUGUGGACACACCGUUGUAAUUAAAGGCCACAAUCUCACCUAAAAAUGUGAACAUACAGGAGCCAUUAAAGACAGUACUUAAAAAUGUGACUUCGUCAACUCCACAUGCAAAAUCAUACAAUGUAAGAAGAGAUGCUGGAACGCGCAGCCAGACAAGUUCAGGAGCAGUGCAAUGACCAAUAAUGCAUCUUCACUUGGAUAGCUUUCCCUGUUUUUCUUCUAAAGACUUCUUUCUAAUAGCAACUCGUCUAUGGGUCACCUCCUGGAGCAUUAACACAGUGGCAGCCUGGACUCUACAGGAUGUGGCAUCAAUGGAUCAGUCAUAUCUUCACAUACAGUUAGCUGUUGAGCUGUGUGUGGAAGCUGUAUCUAGAUAUCAUGGCAACUGCAAUUGACUGGGAGCCAGACAGCAGCGUUUCUAAUGACUGAGCCAGGAAUUGGGUUGAAGAAAAAGAACAAAUUGGGAUAUUUUUUUAACAAUGGUGGAUGGAAGAUAUGCUCUGGAUAAAUUGUG